CUCUCCCCCCGAUUGGCGCUUUGUCUCCUUCAACUCGUCUUCGCAGAGCCAUACGACUCUGAUCUCUUCUCAUUACCUUGCCACCCACGUUACUGGGCCGCUGCACUCGCCCUGUAAGCUGCUCCUCUUGUGUUGAGCCGUGUCUCUUCCCGCGGCCCGAGCAAGCGUCUGGAUUCGGUCGUUCCCAUUGAAAUGCGAAGCUCCAUCGACCAAUAUGACCGAAUCAAAGAUGCAGCUAGAAGACUGGCUGGAUGAUCUAUGCGUCCGUUUCAUCAUUAACCUACCACAUGAAGAGCUUGAAUCCGUCGAGCGAAUCUGCUUUCAAGUUGAAGAAGCACAAUGGUUCUACGAAGAUUUUAUUCGACCUCUCGAUCCCGCGCUACCCUCACUUUCCCUCAAGGCAUUCAGCUUGCGCAUCUUCCAGCACUGUCCCCUCAUGUCACAAUGGUCCCACUACCACCACAUGGCCGCUUUCUCCGAGUUCCUAGCAUACAAGACCAGAGUUCCAGUUCGUGGCGCAAUUCUGCUCAAUGAAGAGAUGGACUCUGUUGUUUUGGUGAAGGGCUGGAAAAAGGGCGCCAACUGGAGUUUCCCACGAGGUAAAAUCAACAAAGGCGAGCCUGACUUGGACUGUGCGAUUCGAGAAGUCUAUGAAGAAACUGGGUUCGAUGUCCGUGCAGCCAAUUUGGUGAAGGACGAAGAUGCCGUUAAGUCCAUCGAGGUCACUAUGCGAGAGCAGCAUAUGCGACUCUUCGUCUUUCCUGGUGUCCCCCGCGAUACACAUUUCGAGCCCCGUACCCGCAAGGAAAUCAGCAAGAUUGAGUGGUACAAGUUGUCAGAGUUGCCGACUCUCAAGAAGAACAAGCAGCACGACGAGGGGAUGGCUGUGGCCAAUGCUAACAAGUUCUACAUGGUUGCGCCAUUUUUGCAUCCGUUGAAAAAGUGGAUUGCUCAGCAGAAGAGAUCUGCCGCAAAGGACCAGACAGGCCUGAAGCCACCCUUGCAAACUGAGGGCUAUGCAUCUGUAGAUGCGGCUCUUUGUCUGGCCGACUUGCCUGCCUACGGAGGCGGAGCUAGCGAUCUCCCAGAGGUUGACGCGAUGCCACCGGCUGCAGACGUUUCCUCGCAUAUUAAGCAGCUGCUCAAGAUCGGUGGAGGUCUCCCUAAAACAGUUCAGCCGGAAACUUCUCCCUCUGCUCAGCCACCUGCUGUAGAUCAGAUGAAGUCAAAUGCCCUUCUGACACUUCUCAGGACCGGCUCUCAGGGCACUGUUCCCCAGGUCCAGAAAGAAACUGUGGCUCCUCAAACGUCGAUUCCCUCUGGCUUACCUACUACUCAGCAAGCUCACCUUGCACCCAAUUUCUUCCCUGGAUUCCCUCAGCAACAGCAGCACAUGGCGCCAUCCAAUUUCAACAUGCAGCAAAUCUCCGUGCGGCACCUACCUGGGCAGCAACCGGGUAUCUCCCAACGUGCUAUGCACACUGUUCACCACCAGCAAUUUCCUAAUUCCGGGCAGCCCGAGCUGCCAGGUUCUUCUGCUAUGCCCCCAUUCCCUCAAAUGCCACACCCGAGCUAUCAUAGCCUACACCCUCAGUCUCCUCCUUCCAAUAUUACGCCUGCUAGGAAUGUCGUUGCUCCAUUCCAACAGACCGGAGACCCUCAAUUCUCCCAGCCGGCCCAGCCUUCUCAGGCUCCGGGUGCCAUUGUACCGCCAGCUAGCAAGCUACCUCCCCCAAGGCUUACUAGUCACUCGCUCGCGCUUCUUGGAUUUUUCAAGGAUGGGAGCAAAACCCCUAUGACUCCCCAUGCCGCUCCAGUUCCCGUUCCUGCGCCUGUCCCCGCACCCGCACCUGCACCCGGUCCUAGCCAAGAGCGCAAGACUUCUCUCCACCAGGACAGUCUGUUGAAUUUGUUCAAAGGCCCAAAGGGCUCGCCUGCAUCUCAACCUGUGGAAUUGCUAGGUCAGCCUAUCCGGGCAGCGCCACCUGCAGAGAGACAGAUUCUUCAACGGCCGCCAUCACAGGUGGGACCUCACCAGCAACGCGGUCCUGCCGCAUCAAAAUCUCAGAUUGGUGUGGCUCAUCCUCCGGCCACUGUCUCUGGUCCUUCCAACGUCCCCCAGUUCGAGCAGAGUCCAAAGUCAAGGACUAAAAGGAUGGCAAAUGGAUCGAAUCGCAGAAGCAAUUCGCACCGUCGGGAGCAACCACAAGCGCUGCCACUUUCGUCGCCGAUUACCAUUUUGCCUCGGCCGCAAAGCGCGAAACGGGAUGUACCUGCAUCCGGGCCCCCUAGCUCAACAGCCCAGGCUCCGGUACAGCCAAAGGUCAUUCAGCCUGCGGCUCCGGAACCAGUGAAGCCCUUCCAGCCGCAGAUUUUGCGUCGCUCUGAAAAGACAGGGUAUGAGAACCUGUUGAUGGGUGCUCCUAAGAUGGAUAACGCCGAGCGCAAGCCAAGUCUUCCCGGUCUACAGGCAAAUCCCGACGAGCUGGCUCCAGACACAAACUUUAAUCGCCGGCCUAGCCAGACCCAUGCGCAGAAGGAGGCACUUCUCUCGCUUUUUGGAAAGCCCCAUGUGUCCCCUUCUUUGCCUGCGGCUAUCCAGCUCGAUUCCCGGGCAGUAAACCAGCAACCAUCCAAUGUUUCUGGUCUGGUCAGCCCCCUUUCGUCCCUGCAAUUUGCCAGCAGUGGUGAAUCUGUUUCCCGUCACGGAACACCAUCUGAGGGUGACCACGUCUCGACUUCUACCAACCGAGUUUCUUCCCCGAGUAACAAGGCCUUUUUGCUUAAUUACCUGCAGGGGGCUGCCAAGGGCGGCAAUUGA